UGCAUCAUGUUGCGAUUAAUUAACUUUUAUACUAACACGGAUCAACCGGUCGAAUUCUGAAACGCGUCGCGUGAUUAUGAUAAAGUUCAAAAUGAAGUUAGAUCUAUUGAUUUUAUUCAUCAAGAAAUCACUUGGAUUUAUAUUUUAUUUUCCAUUGGAAGUAAUCGCAAUUUUUUAUUCUCACUGAGGCAUUCGAUUUUUACUACAAAAUUAAGCCAAUAUGUCGGGAAUGGAAGCACGUGGCGAUGACACAAGCCCCACUCGUGAGCCUAGAAAGAUCAGAACGCACAGCGUCGCAUUACCAAUAAGGACAUCACUACUUGCAGAACCACCACCUAAAGGAAAUAAUGGAGCACCACCAAUUCCACGACGUCAUUCUGCAACCCCAACGGUAGCACCUCCACCAAUACCAUUGAGGCCUCCGGUAAUUCCAAAAAGAAAUAGAAAUGAACGUCCCCUUCUUCCAGCAACGAAAACAAUUAAUCGUUCAGAAAUGAAGAAAAAAACAAACAACGAGACAAUUAUUACAUCGUCCGGUGGGUAUUUGGGUCCAAUGAUGAUGAUGGAGACAUGGCACAAUCAUUCUGAUGUGCAGUGUGAAAAAUUGAUUAAUAUCGAGCAGCCGAUCAACUUAACAGGUCCAUCCAGAUUGGAAGCAAAGGAAUUUGUCGACAAUUCCGAUAAGCUCGAUUUCAACAAGACACUACUUAAGGACGCCUCGAGCUUUGAGGAACUUCCGAAGACAUCCAGGGACAUUGAGAAUCGUCCUCACGAGAAGAUAAUCAAGGGUACGGAUCUAAACAUCGGGGAACUUAAAAAAGUCGAAAACCAUUCACAACAAUGUUCAACGACACAGAAGUGCAGAGGCCAGAACGAGAGGUCAAACCUCCUCGAUGGAGAUGGGUUAUUGAGAAAAAAAGGUUUCUCGCGAGAUAAGACUUUUUUAAAUAGAGAGAUAAAUUUUGAGAAUAUUUCUUGUUUGGCACGAAAUCGGCAAGAAAUUGAAAAACAUUCUAAAUUUGAACAAUUGCAGGCGGCAUCACAAAAUUUAGAAAGACAUCUUCAUCAUGAUGAAACGUCAACUGUUGUUUAUCAACAUGUUACAAAUAACAAUAAUGUUGAUGAUUCUCAAGGAUUGCGUGACGAUAUUGAGAGACAUUUUCACGAGAUAUCACCGAAAUUUGAUGAAUUACAAAAAGCAUCACACGAAUUAGAGAGAAAAUUACAGGAGAAAAGUGUAAUUAGUGCAAUUGAAAAAACAUAUCGUCUUAAAUAUGAGGCAGAAUUGGAGAAAGCACGUGUUAUGCAAAAUAAUAAUAAUUUACACAAAGAAAAGAAUAAUAGUGAAAAAUUAGAAAAAUUACCAAAGGCAACACAGACUAAUUUACCGCCACCUUUGAGUUCCAUUUGUCAAAAUUCAUCAGUACCAAAGCCCAUCAGUGUUCGACAAGACAGCAAUGUGUCUUCUGAUAGUUUCAGUCAAACAAGUUCACCAAGUUAUACGAGUAAAACCAUGGAGGCACCAUUAAUACCACAAAGGCAAUCAAAUGGGAAAAUUCCAGAUAGAGCAUUGACUGAACACCCACCAGGAAGCCCAAUCACAAAAUCUAUGAGCACUCCAGCUAGUUUACAAACGAUUGUGAGAUUUCACAGUGGCAGCAAUAUGUCCUUCAACCAUAAAAUAAUUAGAGAUAUGAGAAGACCCAGUAGUCAUUUUGUAACGAGAGGAAGAUUUCGAUUUAGGUUUGCUCAAGUUCUCGCGAACGUAAUAGCAUUAAUGGUCAUUGCUGGUGGCUUGGCAGCAUAUUUUAAAAGUUAUACCACAAAUACUGUAAGAAUGGAAAAUAUAUACACGACAAGUACACUUAUGGUGCCAAAACCAAUUAAAUCUGUGAUGGAAGAAAAAAAUCCAUCGCCCGGUGUAUGCCUCCCAGUUAUCGUUAACUUCUGCCAAUAUCACAAGAUACCAUACAAUUUCACAAUGUUUCCAAAUUUUAUGGGUAACUUUGAUCAACGCGAGGCACAACAUGAAUUAGAACAUUAUGAUGCAGUUGUCGAUGUAAGAUGUUAUGAAUUAGCAGCUUUAUUUUUAUGCACUGUUUUUGUACCAAAAUGCGGUCCUGGUGGUAAUUUAAUACGACCCUGUCGAAGUCUCUGCUAUCAGACAAAAAGACGCUGUGGUUUUUUUUUGAAAGUUUUUGGUCUGACAUUACCGGAUUACAUGGAAUGCGAUUUGUUUCCGGAAAAUUCGGAUUCGAAUGUAUGCGUUGGACAUAAAGAGGUUUUGGAAGCUGAGAAAAGAGCUGAAAGACCUGUUUGCAUCGAUGGUUUCCAAUGCGACUCAACUAGAUGCAUUCCUGUUGAUUGGAGAUGCGAUGGACACGUGGAUUGUGCUGAUCAGUCAGACGAAAUUAAUUGCGGUGAAUGUGGACAAAAUUCAAUGGUCGCAACAAAAUUCAAUACUAAAAAGGGUAAAAAGAAUAGUUCAAAAAAUUCUUUCCCAGAAUUGCCAACACUUCAUUGUGGUCAAAGAAGAUGCAUGUCAUCUGGACAUGUUUGCAAUGGAAUUAUGGAUUGUCCAUGGGGACAAGACGAACGAAACUGCUUGAGAUUGAGCGAAGAGAAUGGAGAUAUUGGGAAAGGAAGACUGGAAGUAUAUCACGCAGCUGAAGGAACAUUUCUCCCUGCUUGCAUUAAGCACUGGAAUCCCAAUUCAGCGCAGAUUAUUUGCUCUUUGCUGGGAUAUACAAUUGCAAAUUCAUCGAUUCUAAUAACGAAAUCAGGUGACAAUGACUCGUUUAUUGAACCUAAACUACAGACAUACCAACAAUGGAGGGGAACUCUGAACAGCAAAGUAAAUCUGUUGAGAGAAUUUCAAGAAUGCGAAAAUCCAAGGGAUCAUUCGACUGUCGAGCUGUCCUGUUCUCAAUAUGCGUGCGGUCGAAGGAAUAUAGUUUAUGGCCAUUCAAAUAUUAAAACGAGAAUUGUGGGAGGCGUUGAAUCAUCUCCUGGGGAUUGGCCUUUUCUUGCUGCACUUCUGGGAGGUCCGGAAGAAGUUUUUUACUGUGCAGGAGUCCUUAUAUCAGAUCAAUGGAUACUCACUGCUUCUCAUUGCGUUGGAAAGCCGAAAUCUGGUAGUUUUAGUCAUUCGGAAGUUUCUGGAUGGACAAUUCAAUUGGGAAUUACAAGGAGAUUUGCACACACUUACUUGGGACAAAAGCUCAAACUAAAACGAGUUGUACCACAUCCGAGUUAUAAUUUGGGAGUCGCACAUGACAACGAUGUUGCUCUCUUUCAGUUGGAAAAGCGAGUGACAUUUCACGAGCAUCUGAGACCGGUUUGUCUGCCUCCACCUAACAUUGAUUUAAAGUCGGGAACAAUUUGUACUGUGAUUGGUUGGGGUAAAAAGGAGGAUGCAGAAACUUCUGAAUAUGAGCCUGCAGUGAAUGAAGUUAAUGUCCCAAUUUUGGAGAGGGAAACAUGUAAUUUAUGGUUGGAGCAUAAAGAUCUUAAUAUAACUGAUGGGAUGAUUUGUGCUGGAUAUCCGGAUGGUGGAAAAGACGCGUGCCAGGGUGAUUCUGGUGGUCCAUUACUCUGUCAAGAUGAAGAGGACAAGGAAAAAUGGUUUGUCGGUGGAAUUGUCAGUUGGGGCAUUAAAUGUGCACAUCCAAAAUUACCCGGGGUUUAUGCUUAUGUACCAAAAUACGUAUCUUGGAUUCAUAGUGAAAUUGCCAAAUACUCGGAUGAUGAAGCAGGGUAAAAAAAUUCACAAAAUCACGGUAAGAAAAAAUAUCAAAUGACCAUAUAUAUAUAUAUAUAGAGAGAGAGAGAAAACGUGUCAAGCCAAAUGAAAUCAAGAAACAUCCACGAAACAACGGUUAGAAGAAAUUUUCUCCAAAUUAAAAAAAAACAAAUAUAUACAU